AUGUUCAGGUUUCUCGACGGGCUGCAACGGGUGUUCUACGACAGCAUCGCGGUGAGGGAGGCGCUGGUGGAGCUUUGUCGGCUGACCUUGAAGGUGGAAGCGAUCUUCAAAGGGAAGACCUUCCUGGGAAAUAUGGUGGGUGCUUCCAAUGGCUCAUUUGAAUUAGGGAGAAUGCUGCUCGUCGGGGAUGAAGCGAGAAGAAGAAUGAUUAGUAUUAGGGAUUUUUUUGGUUUUGGUCGAAGAAGGAAAGAGGCGAGGGGUGGCCGAUUUUUUUGUUUUUUUAAUUAG